AUAGUGAAAUACAGAGUGUCUUAUCUCAAAUUGGGGCAUCUUUGGUGCCUUCAUGAUGCUGGUCUUGUUGUAAACGGUUGGGUUUAAAACGCGUUCUGCUGUAUGGUUGUGAAACCUGGCUUCCGAAUUGAGAAUUUUAAGUGACUAUCGUUGUCUCUAAAGAUUGCUGAUAUUUAGUGGCAACACCAUGCUAGAAACACAGAGGUUCGGGGAUGUGUGUCCGAUUGCAGUGACAACAAUCCAGUUGGUGUCACCAUCUUGAAACAGCGACUUCGGUGGCUUGUAUAUGCAUUACGAAUGUCGUCCUAGAGAAUUAUUUGCCAACGCUGAGACUUGUUGGAAAGAGCGGAUAUGUGGUUGGCGUAUGACAUAGUGUCGUGGUAUGAAAGAAUGCUCUACAGGACUAUCGUGCUGUUCCAAAACGAUACCGUUAAAUGGGCCGCUUAACAAUUAUUUCAUCGUAAUUUGGGACUUCUGACCAUGUACGCUAUCAACUGAAGCUGGGAACCAUCGGCCAUCAGAAUUCAUCUCCUCUCAAACCUUCUAAAAUUGAAUUUGUUUAAAAGUCUGAAAUCAAGAUUAAACGCAUACUUAUAAUUUUAAUAAAACUUAUCUUCAAAAUAAUUGACUUUGCAAAGCAACCCUCUUUUAGUAACAUAAAUCUUCUGUGAAUAAAACUUUGAGGUACACUAACGUUAGUACCAUUAGAACCAAUAGAUGUUUUUCUCUUAGUCGAAUACGAUUAAUCCUGUUUUCUUAACCUCUGUGAACUGUAAAUGACCAACAUUUAGUUGACUAAAGUUUCAGUUCGCGGUUUAACUUCACUUCAAGAUUUCGUACACUCGGUAUUCUUCAAUUCCUUCCACUAAAGACUUAGCAACAGGAUUAUUCACUGUUAAACGAGUAUAUUUUGCACUAAGAGAAGCAUCAGGUUAAUUCUUCUUCACCCCCUCCUACUAUUUUAUUUUUAUUUUUUCACGGUUCAAUUAUCUGAACACUUCUCAUUACGUCAUCUUAUAAUAAUUAUUAUAAAUGUUAUCUCACUAUCUAUAUUUUUCUAAUCAUUGACCUAUUUCCGAUUAUGUAACGUUGAUUUGAGCCUUUAUUAUUCUUAUAAAAACUAGUACACCUGUCAUCACACUAUCUAUUUGUACUUUUCACAUAUUAUGUAAUCGUUUUAUUCAUCGUUAUCAUUGAUUUAUAAACUACCUUGAUUGGUUUAAUAAUUUCGUAUAUGCAUAUAAAUAUUACUGUAUAUUAGAGUAAAGCCGGAUGAGGAUCUAAUCGAAAACAAUAUUGUUCGCUUAUAUAUGUUGUUUUUCUCUUAGUCGAAUACGAUUAAUCCUGUUUUCUUAACCUCUGUGUACUGUAAAUGACCAACAUUUAGUUGACUAAAGUUUCAGUUCGCGGUUUAACUUCACUUCAAGAUUUCGUACACUCGGUAUUCUUCAAUUCCUUCCACUAAAGACUUAGCAACAGGAUUAUUCACUGUUAAACGAGUAUAUUUUGCACUAAGAGAAGCAUCAGGUUAUUUGGAUUGAAUAUUGCCAACCUAACAAGUAAAGCUGGUUCAUUUGUCUUAUCAGAUUUCUCGUGAAUAAGUUUAUGUGAAUCAGCAGUCGGAGCCUUUAGCUGAUCCUGCUUUGAUAUUGUCACCAAGAUAUUGAAAUAACGUUUCUUCUAUUUCGAAACUUAAUCUAGUCAAGUACUAGUUGUAAGUUAGCCAUAUGUAUGUUUUUUAUUUUCAGGAUCUGUUAGAAACUUUAGUGCGUGUUUAUUUCACUUUUUAGGACUAUGGCAUCCAAUGAGGAAUUUCCUUCGCCAUCAGGGAAUCUACCACUUCAGUUAUCGUCUAAACGGAUUUCCAAAGCUCGUAAAUCCUGUUCCGGAGAUCACCGAAAUUGCAGUCCGGUUAGUAAAAAUCAUAUUGACGAUCCGGACGGUAUUAUUGUCACUCCUUCGAUUGAUAGUCGAGAACUUGAUCGCCUAAAGUUCACUAACCCAGGUAAACAGAUGGAAGAACUAGAAGUCGGUUGGUCCGAAGCAAAUAUGACACGAAGUGUUCGCAGACAAAUGACCGUUAAAUCUGGUCACAAAUCAUCAGAUCGGUUGCAUCCGUUAUAUGAUUCUCGUGGCCGCUUUUUAGGAACCUUGGACUAUAGUUGUGAUUGUCUAAAAUCUGAAUGUCCUGGGUGCCAUUUGCCAUGCCGUCGGUGCCAUUCUACUUUUUGUGGAGCAUCAUGCCGAAUUUACCGAACAUAUCGUGUUCAUGAAGUUAAACUGUUUAUCUGA